AUGAGUGCUAGAGACUAUGUUCCAUCUCUGGGAACAACAGUCUUAUUCCAGGGGCGCCACAGCAUUCAUUCCAUCGCUGCAAAUUUGCAACGGUCCCCCGUUAUUUCGGGGCAGGAUACAACCGCGGUGCCUUCUAACCGCAGUCCAGCUGCAGCUCGAGAGGUCCAAGAGGCACCGACCACGGCGCCUGUGGACGCUAACACGAGCUGUCCGGAGGACCCUGCAGACGUUUCGUACGCCCAGGAGCUUCUUCAACAUAUUCGGGAAAUCGAGAGAGAUAGGCGUCAGCGGCAGCUCGUAGAUCCCCAGUUUUCUCGAUUGAAGGAAAAGAUGAAAAUGGCGCAUGAGGCCGGGAAUACACAAGAGUAUCAGCGCCUGAGAAUUGAAACGAAGCAAUUUCUAAAGAAGCACGGCAUCGGCGUGCUACCAACAUCUUUGUUUCAAAUGCUUUUGUUGGGAGUGGCUAUCUCCCUCUCAACGCCCGCAAUAAGGGCGAUGGCUGGAGAUCCCGACAGGUGGAGAGGUUUCGCGGUUGAACAGCCAGGUUGGCUGGAGAGUCUGGCGCUUCCAGAUUCCUCUGGCCUUACGGCGGUGCUUUGUUGGCUUGUCCUUGUUUCUACAAUGGCGGCGGGAUGGAUGGUGUCCUCCAAAAUCCAGAAAAGGACUCCCUCAGCGCACAUGUCAUCUACUUUGUCAUCGCCACUUGUAAUGCGCGGAGCUAGCGUAGGAGCUGCAACUAUCUUCGCCCUGUACAGCGGCAUGCAGCUUCCAGCGGCAGCGGUGUUGUUCUUAGUGCCAGCAUUCGUUGUACAGAGCGCAUUUAUGCGCAUUUUCAGAUUACGUUCAGUAGAAAGUGCCCUACAUUUCGUGCCCGAGGGGCUGAGGCCUUUGCAGCAAACUUAUCUUGCGCUGCUGGAGCGGCGGGAGCCAGCCCUAGCAGCUGCGUGGAAGAGGCGAGCUUCUGACCUCGAGUACAGUGAGAAGGUGGCGGAAGCUACCGCUGGCGGCGCAGAUGUCACGAGCCGCGCUAUAGUGCAGCUGUGGAAGGAGUUGGCGCAGAAAGAAGGAGUGGCUGCGCCACAGCACCUUAAGACCUGGGCUGAACAGGUAGCGGAAAAGCAACUAGAACGGCUCUCGCAAGCGGCAAUGCGGCAGUGUGUCCGGCAGCCGCAGGCACACGGUACUGAAGCGCUUAAGGUGUAA